CGCUGUCACCAGAAGUUGUUGCUUUCGCGUUUUGUCGCGUCCUUUUUUUUUUUUUUUUUUUUUCCCCCCCCCACAGUUUGUUGAUAAAACAAAGAAAAAGCGGCGCAACCUGACGUCGGCUUGGCCUCGGAACGCAGCAUGGACGGAGUGUUUGGAUGGGGCUCGGCCUCGCUCAACCCAGGUAACCCCUACAUAGAGAUCAUAGAGCAGCCAAAGCAGAGGGGGAUGAGGUUUCGAUACAAGUGUGAGGGACGUUCUGCUGGCAGCAUCCCAGGAGAGAAAAGCAACGACACCACAAAGACCCACCCCGCCAUCAAGGUACACAACUACAGUGGCCCCUUACGUGUUCGCAUUUCACUGGUGACCAAGAGCCCGCCGUACAAGCCCCACCCCCACGAACUAGUUGGGAAGGACUGUAAACACGGUUACUACGAGGCCGACCUUCAGGAGCGACGAAUACACAGUUUUCAGAACUUGGGCAUACAGUGUGUGAAGAAGAGGGAUGUAAAUGAGGCUAUUCAGUGUCGACUGAUGACCAAUAAUAACCCCUUCAACAUUCCUGAUGAAAAGGUGUGGGAGGAGGAGUUUGACCUGAAUUCAGUGCGGCUCUGCUUCCAGGCCUCCAUCACUCUGCCCACAGGGGAACUGUUCAGUCUAGAACCCAUCGUGUCCAAACCCAUCUUUGACAACAGAGCCCCAAACACUGCUGAGUUGAAGAUCUGUCGAGUCAACCGGAAUUCUGGGAGCUGCAAAGGAGGCGAUGAGAUUUUUCUGCUGUGUGACAAAGUACAAAAAGAGGACAUCGAGGUGCGUUUCUUCCAGGAUUCCUGGGAGGGAAAGGGCACGUUCUCCCAGGCGGACGUCCACCGGCAGGUGGCUAUCGUUUUCCGCACGCCGCCUUACCGAGACACGAAUCUCACGGAACCCGUCAGAGUGAAGAUGCAGCUCCGCCGGCCCUCGGACCGCGAGGUCAGUGAGUCGAUGGACUUCCAGUACUUCCCCGCUGACCCAGAUGAAUACAGGCUGAGUGAGAAGAGAAAACGCACAGGAGACAUGUUCCAAAGCCUGAAGCUGGGGACUGUGCUGCCUAGUGGAAUUUCGAUGACCAUUCCACAAGACAGAAGGCUCAUAAACCCUGCGCGGCGAACAGGCAUAGCCAAGCCGACAGGAAUGACAGCGCAAGCUGCAGUUGUGAAUCCAGUGGUGAACCCUAGUGGUGGUGGAGUGAAACCCCACACCACCUUCCCAUAUAUCCAACCAGGCCACCUGUUCUCAGUCCAGCCCAAAGUGGAGGCAUCUCCAUCCAUGUCCAGUCCAUCUGUGAGCCAAACGUGGAAGGUGAUGGAGACCUCCCAACCAAAACCAACCCCAUCAUCCAGCUACACAGCGAGCCAAGGAAAGACCUCCUCGUCCGCUUUGUCCUCCACCACCACGACCGCCAACCAGGACUACUCAACUGUCAACCUGACAGACCUUUACGAAUUCUUCCCCAACUUCUCCUCCACCAUCGCCCAGGAGGUGGCAUCAUCUCAGGGAAGCGCAUCCGCUUCCCAGUCCAGCAGCUCCUUCGCCAUCCCAAGUUCUCAGUUCCGGGUGGACGCCUCGCUGGUGGACGAUAUACCAUCAUUUCCCAGCUUUUCCGAGGAACCGCCUCAACUCGACAGCCUGGAUAUGAACGACUUUGAGCACCUUCUGGGUGAGGGCAGUAGCACUUCGUGCCAGCAGGCCGCUCAUCCCGGCGCCUCCACCGCUGCCCAGAAUGGGGCGGCGUCUCAGAGUGCUUUGCAAUCAGCUGGCAACCCGGGAAGCACCUGGAUGAGUUAUCCCAACAGCAUCGCCAACCUGCUCCAAAACGAGAGCUUGAUUGACGCGACGCCGACCCUCCUCAACACUCACCGACCCGUAGCACUGGAUGAGUUUGACGAGUUGAUGUCGGAUGAUGAGGAUCGUCUAAUUUCUACCCUCAACCCCAGAAGCCCUUCUGAUUUUUUUGUGUUGGGACACCCGACUUAAAUGUUGUCAACACGUUACCAUUUUAAACUGACGUACUAUUUAAUCAGACCACUCGUCCUUUGCUGAACCUGAAAGCAAAAAUCGACGGAAUGUAGCAAAAUUCCUGAACACCCCCCCCCCCCCCCCCCCCCAGGCUUUAAGGCAUGUCUAUCGAAUGCUAAACCACAGGACGUUUUCAGACUUUGUACUCUUUUUAAACAUGCACAUUCGCUGUCUGUGUCCACCGUACCACAUGAACUUGCUUCACUGCUUUGUCGCCACAACAAUGAAAAAUUCUCAAUUUUUCCUUCUUAAAAAAAAAAAAAAAGUUGCAUUUAUUAAACAGUUUCCAGUUAUCUUCUCUUUUGUAGCUCCAACCAGUGUUGAACAUACUAAAUUAAUAAUCCCACCUAUAGAAAUGUCUUUGCAGGCUUGUUUUUAUUAAAUGUACAUGUUUAUGUUUUGAAACAUCGUGGAAUAUUUCAAAUGUCUUCCGAAGGUUAAACCAUGUUGUCUACAGAUGAAAAAAAAAAGCAAAAAAACAAACAAAAAAAAACAGUUUUGUCUUAAAGCUGUAGUCCCUUUUGAUUUUUUUUUUUUCGGCAAGAUGAUUAUUUUGUUUCAUAAUAUUCAAAUAAAGGAUUCCCAAUCCGAUUUUGGCAAUUAGAUCAGAAUUCGCCUUUUCAGGGAACAGUUUCAAUUUUGACCCACGUGUCAAAAUUGACCAACAUGCCAACUGACAAAUGGAACUACUGCUGCGUUCCUUGGAAGUAAUAAAUUACAACUGGGAAUGACACCACACUUGAGUUACAUGCGCUAGCUUCCAUGCAACACUGCAAAUCUAAUGUCUCCCAAGAAAUCCUUUGUUGUGUUGCUCUUUCGGAGUAUAAUAGAGCUACAAAACAAAAUCGGAGGCCUGGUGAAAGAGGGCAGAUGGCCAGUUAGCAUUCCAGUUUGUUGCCAAUGAUUAUUAGGGAAUUGCCACCGGAGAGUGCAGUUAGAAUGCACCGUAUGUUCCAUACGCUAAUGUUAGCCAAAGAAACGCAACAGACCCUCAAAUAGGGGAAAAAAAUGAAAAACUUGCAAAAACAAAUAUCCACAGCUGACAAAUAUCAGCUACCAGAGAUCCUGUUGAGGACUCUGGAUAAAAAUCAUAAAUUUUCCCACUGGUUUUGCUGGUUAUCUGCUGAAUGGGUGAAACUAGACUCACACAGGUCUACUGUGUUGAGGUGCCCUGACACUUGCACGACUUUGAUCCGCGCACUUGCACGCACAUCAUCGUGACAGUCUCCACUUGUGUUCCCAGCUGGACACCGUGCUUUGUUCCACUGGAUGGCACCUUGUGCGCUGGACGCUGCAUAUAUAAUUAUUUCGUAGGAGAUUAAUCAAUUUUUCUCAGAGUUGGCUGAUGAAAACGCCUCUAAUCGCUUCUGGAAUCACAGGACUGCUCCAGCAGCAGCUUUUAUUUUUUCCCCCCCUCUUUCUCACGCAAGCGCUGAAUGAGAUGGAGAAAGCAUUUGGAACCAUCUAAAAAAGUAAUGUCAUGUUUAUAUUGUAAUGGCUUGGUAAAACAGUUGCAUGUUCAUUCGUUCUUGUGAGCAACUGCAAAAGUACAUUUAUAAUAGAUUUAACAUCUCGUUAUAGUCGUUCAGAACUGUGCUGUGAUGCGGUGCGCUGACGCAAUCGCACUCACAGUGUUUUGGAAUUGUUUGCGCAAUGUUCACUUGAAGUUCACAUAAUGCAUGAUGGAGAUUUUGAACAUUUCAAAGCUUGCGCACGAAGCUGCACAGUUCCGAGUUUGAGAUGAGUUUUACUCUCAUGCACAGCAGAGUGCGUGCAUCAUGUCGCCUUUAGUUGCCGGUACUAAUGUUUUGUGGUAGAAUAUUUUUACUUUGCUUGCCGAAACAAGUCAGUGGGGAGACUUUUUUUUUAAAUCGUAGCUUUGUGAUGCUUUUAUUUUUUCCCUCUAAGUCAUGAAUUCCAAAUUUCCAACAAAUGCAGCUUGAAGACUUGUGGAGUCCUCCAAAAUAAAUAACGGCAAUAAUUAGCAGUACUUGUAAUAUAUAGAUUUCACAAUUAAGUAAAUGUAGCCAGCUUUUUUUGGGGGGUAAACAGUGUAAUCAGAAGGGACUAUACCUUUAAGAGGAAUAUGAAGGUCAACACAACUCUGGAUCAAGAAGUACUUGCUUAUAGCAGAAAAGUGUACAAGGAUUUUUUUUUUGUUUUGAAUCACAUUUGCAGAACUGUAUCAGCUCUGUAUCACUUUUUUUUCUUUUACCCUUUAUAGCAUUAUACUUCUGGUUGCAAGUCAGAUUUCUGCAGUAACAUCACAAAUAACAGUUGAAGUUACCUACACUUUUUUUUAAAAAUCCCUCCCCAUUACUCCAUAGUUAAAGCUGUCCUGUUGAAACCAUCUUAAAACUGUUUUAUACUGGAAUUAGCAGAUUAUUCUUGCUUCCAUUUCUUGGUGUAAUGAGUGAUUUAUACUGUU